UCGACUAAUAAUUGUUUGUUCUUUAUUGCAGAGGGUGUCGCAGGUGCGGCAGCGUUUCGUGCAGAUGCAGCAUUGGUUGUCACUUGGUACAAUACGGCAUCUGCGAUAGCCGGACAGUCGGAUAUCGAAGCCGGCCGAGUGGCCACCUAUCAAGUCAUUUGGCUUACUGAUCAGCCAGGACGACUCAGCUACGUGAUUAUCAAUUAUGAUAAGCUUGGAUUUGAUGCGGCUGAUUUCCGAGGUAGUUCUCGAAGUGGUCGUUGUCAGGCUCUAUUCAAUGGUGGUAAUCAUACAGGUACGGUGCCGGUUGAUCCCACGUUCAUGUACAAAAAUACGCCUAAAGUAUUGGCUCAACGAUCUGGCGUUCCACAUAUUGUGCGUGGACGAUACAUGUUCCGUGUUGAUGAUGUGGUUCGCCCAUGCGGAUGCUCGAACAAAACCGGUGGCACAUGUGAGUUUGUUGAACGCUUUGAUGCAACGUUCACGAAUCCGAUGAUGAUAUAUCCGAACAUAGUGAAUAUGUUGGGUGAAAUGACGGUUGAUGUGAACGCAAUCUGCUUGGAUCGAUCACAGACCUACGUUCUCAUGAUUGAGCAACGACAAACGGCCAAUUGCGAUGUGUUGAAUUCGGCGAUCGCUCGUUGUCAUAUUCCGAAAAUCUACGAUUGGGGCACAAAAACUGUAUAUUUCCAACCACAAGGCGGAGGUGCAACCGAUGAUAAAGCUUUCGUCGGAUAUAUGUAUUUCGGUAUGUGCACUGGAUUUCUCGUAGAAUUCAUUAUUACGAUGCCCUUGUCGUGGUAUCCUCGUAAUUUCACGAAUCCCGAUUAUACUCAAAUGGACCACUCGAUGCGAAUUAGUGAUGAUUCACUGUAUGCCGUACAACUUGGACUUUACGUUAUCGGUUACACUGAAGCUAACGAUCCGAAGCUGAGAAAAUUCCGUCCAAUGUUUCGAACACUAUGUCGACUGGCAACAUACUCGAAUCGCAAUACACCCGAAUAUCGCUUCACACCUCAGGAAGAACGAAUCAAUUUGCUGAAUGUAAGCACUCUUGAAUAUCAAAUGCGAUUGAUUUCAUAG